AUGGGACAUGCAGCAAAAGAGGCCUGUCUAUCUGAGAUGUGGAUGUGUGUUCAGGAGAUUGUCCCUGCUACCUUGCCGCUACAAGCCGAAACACGCAGUUCUCACAGGUUGGGCUGCAAACCGAUGCGCUACAGGGCUGUGAUUAGUACUAUCAGCGGUUGGGUCAAGGCUUUCCUUCUCCUCGCUGGUCCUCGGAGGGGGAGCAGGAGAGAGGUGGGCUCUCAAGUCCAAAAAGAAGAAACAUGCAUAUCUCGCAGCCAGCUCAUAGGGACCUUGAUUGCCACUGGAUCUGCCACCGCCCCAAGGAGAAGACCUGCAUUUGCUUCUUCUGGUGCCGGCAGUGCCAAAGGGGCAGAAGGAGACGACAUCGACUAUCGACGCCCCGCAUACCAAUAUGUAUGGCCUGAACCGGACGCUCCCGUGGAUCUCGGAAAUUUCGAGUUUGGAACGGACGGUGGGAGAGGGCCGUCCAUCGACCAGGAAGAGAACAAAAUGUCCGACAAGCCGAAUGGGGGGUUGUAAUUGUGAUUGAAGCAGCAACAGUGCGCCGUGGACAGUGCCAGAAGUUCAGAAUCCAUUCCAUUCUCGGUCGGGCAGCACAGCAGGGCAGGGCAGGGCAGGGCAGGGCAAUUGCAACUCCCAGACGGGCCCGCCUGCCCGCAUCCCAGGUCGGCGAUCAUGAGGAUCUGGGACCUGGACCUUCGAUCUCCUUGCAUCGGCGAGCGAGAAAAAAAGCAAAAACGGUUGCGUCAGCUCCUUCCCACCUCGGCUGCCCUGGCCUUGAUUCCUUCCAUUUCAUUGGCCCAGAGCCUGGAGACAGGGGUUGAUAGAGCUCCG